GAAACAGAAAAGCGCUGCGACGUCAGAGGAAAAACAAUGGCGGCUAACGGGCAGCGACUCUCUAGAACUCAGACAAGGCGAAGAAGCCGAGGCAAAAACAUAUUAAGUAAGAUCAAAUAUGGUCAGAUAACAGGCUUGGCGAUGACCCGAGGCACACAGAUCCCUGUGGACCUGCUUGAGGAGAGGGAUAAGAAGGCUCGAUGGCAGGGAAUACCACUGUUAUUGAGGAAACUUCAUGAGAGCAGCCACAUAAACAACGACCUUUCCAAGACACACAGUGUUGUUAAGGAGCUGUCGUCGCUGCUCUCCAUGGAGGCGAUGUCCUUUGUCACAGAAGAUCGUAAGACACCGCAGGAGUCUGUAUCACCUAACACUUACACUUUUGACCUUUUUGGAGGAGUUGACUUGUUUGUAGAGAUUCUGAUGCGGCCCACUCUCUCAAUACAGGGGGAUGUACCCAUAAUGAGUGAUGACCUGAUCAAGGACUGUUUGAGUGUUCUUUACAACUGUUGUAUAUGUACAGAGGGUGUUACAAAAAGCCUCGCAGCAAGGGAUGACUUUGUCAUGUUCCUUUUUACACUCAUGUCAAAUAAAAAGACUUUCUUACAGACUGCCACACUUAUUGAAGACAUAAUGGGGGUUAGGAAGGAGGUGAUUCGACUGGAGGACAUUCCAAACCUGGCUAGUCUAGUCCAGAGCUUCAACCAGCAGCAACUGGCCAACUUCUGUCGUAUCCUGUCUGUCACCAUAUCGGAGCCGGACAUGGGGGUGGAUGACAAGCACACGCUCCUUGCCCGCAACGCCCAGCAGAAGAUCAACGCCUCUCCAUCACGUGCUGAGAGCAACCAAGUGGCUUUGCUGAAUAUCCCAGGCUUUAUUGAGCGGCUCUGUAAGUUGGCCACACGAAAGGUGUCGGAGGCAUCAGGCACCUCAGCCCUGCUGCAAGAGCUGGAGGACUGGCACAGCUGGCUAGACAAUGCGUUGGUGCUGGAUGCUCUCAUGCAAAUGGCAAUCGAGGAGGCUGAACAGAGCAGUACAGAGUCAUCAGACGAAGGCUCACUUUCUUCAAGUCCUCUUAGGCAUACAUUGCCUCAGUCUAUGAAGAUAGUGCAUGAGAUCAUGUACAAAGUAGAGGUUCUCUAUGUGCUGUGUGUGCUGCUCAUGGGCCGGCAGAGAAAUCAGGUUCACAGGAUGCUUGCAGAAUACCGGUUGAUUCCUGGCCUGAACAACUUGUUUGAUAAGCUGAUCUGGAGGAAGCAAUUAUCUAGCCGGACCCUACACAGACAAAACCAGAACUGUGACUGCAGCCCAGAGAUCUCGUUCAAGAUCCAGUUCCUCAGGCUACUGCAGAGCUUCAGUGACCAUCAUGAGAACAAGUAUCUGCUCCUGAAUGGGCAAGAGCUGAAUGAGUUAAGUGCCAUCUCUCUAAAAGCAAAUAUCCCUGAAGUGGAGGCACUGGUCAACACAGACAGGAAUCUUGUGUGUGAUGGUAAGAAGGGUCUCCUGACACGCCUAAUUUCCAUCAUGAAGAAAGAACCUGUUGAUUCAUCAUUCAGGUUUUGGCAAGCUAGAGCAGUGGAAAGUUUUCUCAGAGGAGCUACAUCCUAUGCAGACCAGAUUUUCUUGCUGAAGAGGGGCUUGCUGGAGCACAUCCUCUUUUGCAUCAUUGACAGUGGCUGUAAAUCACGUGAUGUCCUUCAGAGCUAUUUUGAUCUUCUGGGUGAGCUCAUGAAGUUCAACAUUGAUGCCUUCAAGAGAUUCAACAAAUAUGUAAACACCGAAGAGAAGUUCCAGAUGUUCCUGAGCCAGAUCAAUAGCUCACUGGUAGACUCCAACAUGCUGGUGCGCUGCAUUGUUUUGUCCUUGGACCGUUUUGAGGGCCAGACGGAUGACAUAAAAGUUGUAGAAGUGCUGUCGGAGUGUCGUCUCUUGUCCUACAUGGCUCAAGUAGAGAAUAGACUUUCCUUCCUCUUCAGGCUGAUCAACAUCAUCAAUGUUCAGACACUAACUCAGGAGAAUGUGAGCUGCCUGAACACGAGUUUGGUGGUGCUGAUGCUGGCGCGGUGGAGAGGCAAGCUGCCAUUUUACCUGAGCGCUCUUAAAGAGAAGGAGUAUGCUGAGAAAUACCCUGGCUGCUUAUUCAACAACUUCUACCACCUCCUGCGCUUCUGGCAACACCACUACCUCAACAAAGACAAGGACAGCACCUGCCUGGAGAAUAGUUCCUGUAUUCCUUUUACCUACUGGAAGGAAACAGUGACGGUGUUGCUAAGUUCGGAUAGGAGCUCCCUCUGUGCCAUUGCCAUGUACAUAGAUGAGGCCUACAGGGAUCUGGACAGAGACUUUCUGGAGGUGUGAUUCUGGAGACUGUGUGGCAGCUGUGGAAGCAAAGGGAGGUUGUAAUGAGCUACUGACAGCUCUGAACUUCCACAGAGUUACACCCAAGUCUCCUCUCAUAGGACUGUUCUAUAGGGAUGCUGUAAGAAUGUGUGUGUGUGAACAAGUAAGUGGCGUGGAUGCGCUUAUGUUUUUACAAGUGUGUGUGAAAGUGCUGGUUAUAGUGAACCAGUGCUUCUAAAUCUUAGGUGUGUGUGUGUGUGUGUGUGUGUGUGUGUGUGUGAGUGUGUAAGCACGCCUGUGAGUGUGUAAGCACGCCUGUGAGUGUUUCGCUGUAGACGCUGGCUGUUUUUCUCCAGGACUACAUAGGCACACUUUCUUUUGGCUGUAGUCUAAGGGCUCUCUCCUUUUUAGAUACUUGGGGGUGUUGUGAACUGAUUAAAUAAAAAAAAAAAAAAACAUAACCUUGAGAUGCCCAUGAAAAGAGCCCACUCCUCCAGCAAACAAGCUGAAAUUCAGGGCCAAUGCAAUUGUUGGUGUUGGUGUUUUGCUUAGUUUAAGUACUGCCUCUAUAUUUAAUAAUAUUGUGUAGCUCACUCUUCAACUCAAAUUCUAACUUUAAAACCCAGUGACAAAAGAUAGUAAAUGAAAAUAAAGAUGUAACAUGUUUUAUCACAAUUAUUAUGUCUUAUGAUUACAUAAACUAUCAUUCACAAUGCAAUUCGA